AUGUCAAGACCAAUUAAGCAAGUUGCACCGCCUGCACUGCAACUUGACGCGUUAACUUGCACGGAAUACACCAUCCGGCUAAAAUUAAUUAUACCUGGGUCGUGUGAGACCUUGCUUAAGAUCUAUAAGCAUCGAGACGUCCGCCGCCUCAAGCCCUCUACACCCACCAAGACGUCUGCCUCCUCAAGCCCUCUACACCCACCAAGACGUCCGCCUCCUCAAGCCCUCUACACCCACCAAGACGUCCGCCUCCUCAAGCCCUCCACACCCACCAAGACGUCUGCCUCCUCAAGCCCUCUACACCCACCAAGACGUCCGCCUCCUCAAGCCCUCUACACCCACCAAGACGUCCUCCUCCUCAAGCCCUCCACACCCACCAAGACGUCCGCCUCCUCAAGCCCUCCACACCCACCAAGACGUCCUCCUCCUCAAGCCCUCCACACCCACCAAGACGUCCGCCUCCUCAAGCCCUCCACACCCACCAAGACGUCCUCCUCCUCAAGCCCUCCACACCCACCACCAAGACGUCUGCCUCCUCAAGCCCUCUACAGACGUCCUCCUCCUCAAGCCCUCCACACCCACCAAGACGUCCUCCUCCUCAAGCCCUCUACACCCACUAAGACGUCCGCCCUCCUCAAGCCCUCCACACCCACUAAGACGUCCGCCUCCUCAAGCCCUCUACACCACGUCUGCCUCCUCAAGCCCUCUACACCCACUAAGACGUCUGCUUCCUCAAGCCCUCUAAGACGUCCUCCUCCUCAAGCCCUCCACACCCACCAAGACGUCCUCCUCCUCAAGCCCUCCACAAGCCCACCAAGACGUCCUCCUCCUCAAGCCCUCCACACCCACUAA